AUGGAAAAAGAGUUGGAAAAUUUAAAACGAAAUGAAACUUGGGACAUAGUGCCUAGGCCAGAAGGAAGGAAAGUUGUGAAAUGUAAGUGGGUCUUCAAGAGAAAACUUAACAAAGAUGGACAAGUGGAAAGAUAUAAAGCUCGUUUAGUUGCUCGUGGCUACACCCAAGUCGAAGGAAUUGACUACAAAGAGACGUUUUCUCCUGUAAUAAAAACAAAAUCAAUUAGAACUUUAUUAGCAUUCUCAGUUGAGCAAGACUGCCAGGUUCAUCAACAGGAUAUUACUUCAGCCUAUUUAUAUGGAAAAUUGACAAAGAAUUCAUCAUUCAGGAAUUUAAGGAUAAUAUUGCAGCCUACAUUUAAAAUCAAGGACUUGGGAGAAAUACAUCACCUUCUUUCAAUUAGGAUAAGCAGAAGGGAAGAUAGCUGUGUGACUCUUGACCAAAGUGUCUAUGCUAGUGAACUCUUGGAAACAACUAAUAUGCAAGAUGCUAAAGGAGCAUCAACACCAUUAGAUCCAGGUAUGAAAUAUACAACAGCCACUAAGGAUAACAUGUUGAAUGCUGAAGGAGCAUUAAAAUAUAGGCAGGCUGUUGGAGGGCUUCUUGUACCUAGCAGGAGGAACAAGGCCAGAUUUAGCUUUUGCUACUACUUACAUGAGCCAAUUCAAUAA